AUGGACGUUCACAACACGUUUUUACAUGGAGAUUUAACAGAGGAAGUUUAUAUGAAGCCUCCACCAGGUUAUUUCACCAAUGACGAGAAGAAGUCUCUUUCCGAUAACUCUUUGUUUUUCUUUGACAAGGGAGGCGUUCGAAUCAAUAUACUUAUCUAUGUUGAUGACAUGAUUGUCACUAGUAAUUCAAAUGAGGCACUCACUAUCUUCAAAGGCUACUUGGCAACAUGUUUGAAGAUGAAAGACUUGGGUCCUUUGAAGUAUUUAUUGGGUAUAGAGGUGUCACGCAGUUCUCAAGGGUUUUAUCUCAAUCAGAGAAAAUAUGCUCUUGAAAUUGUCGCUGAUACUGGUCUGCUGGGUUGCAAACCGAAUGCCUUCCCUCUCGAACAGAACCACAACCUUGCUUUGUCUAAGACUCCGUUACUACCUGCGCCUGAACCUUACCGCCGUCUACUUGGUCGUCUUAUCUACUUGGUUGCUACUCGUCCAGAUUUGGCUUACUGUGUUCAUUUUUUAGCUCAAUUUAUGAAGUCACCACGGGAAGCUCAUUGGGAAGCUGCCUUACGUGUUUGA